UAAAAAGCAGAAAUACUUUUUUAAAUUUGAUAUUUUGUGUGAAAACUUUAACAAAAACGCUGGAAAACUUAAUACUAAAUUAAAAUAUUGUGUUAAAAACUAAACUAUGACGGAUUUACAUCAGUUUAGUGAUGCCGAAGAGGAGGAGGAAGCGCCAAAUCCUUUUAAAGAUAACUUGACCAGUGAGUUUAAAAAACUGACCGUUAAACAUGUCAUGUUUAAAGAUUUGGAGGAUAAGCAGCUGGAUAUUAAAGACGAUUUGAAAGAAAAGAUUUUGAAUGAAGAUUUGGAGGAGGAGCAAGAGGAAGACGUUGUAAAUGAGGAAGCUUAUUAUGAUGAUUACGAGGAGGAUGAGUACUAUGAGGAUAAUUAUGAUUAUGAGGAAAACUAUACGGGCUAUCAAAAACACAACAAUCACAAUCAGAUAUCUUUAAGUGGAGCUGGAGGAGGAAAUACGGGAGGCUCUCAAUCCGCACAACGUGUAAGCAGCUAUCAACCCAAUGAAAAAAUGUUUACCCGUUAUUCAGCCCGUAUAAAUGUGGAAAAGUAUGAUCCCACCACAAAUAUGUCAGCCCAGGCAGCCAAUCGUUUAGUGUCAUUCGGCUCCAAGCAGGAUAAUAAAGUGAAAAUACGUGACAAACAUGAUAGAGCCACUGCCGAACAGGUUAUGGAUCCCCGGACAAGAAUGAUUUUGUUUAAACUUUUAAAUAGAGGUUUGAUACAAGAGAUUAAUGGUUGCAUUUCCACCGGCAAAGAGGCCAAUGUUUAUCAUGCUUUGGCUCGCGAUACAGACGAUGAGUUUGCCAUUAAGAUUUAUAAAACCUCUAUAUUGGUGUUCAAGGAUCGUGAUAAGUAUGUUAGUGGAGAGUUUCGUUUCCGCCAUGGCUAUUGUAAAUCGAAUCCCCGUAAAAUGGUGCGCACUUGGGCCGAAAAGGAAAUGCGUAACUAUUUGAGAAUGUUUAAUGCAGGUGUACCCGUGCCAGAGCCCAUUUUAUUACGUUCCCAUGUCUUAGUAAUGAGAUUUUGUGGUAAAAAUGGUUGGCCUUCACCCAAACUGAAAGAUGUAGAGCUAACCACUUCCAAGGCUAGAGAAUUGUAUCGUGAUUGUGUGGUUUUAAUGUGGAAGAUUUAUAACAAGUGUCGAUUAGUUCAUGCCGAUCUUUCAGAGUUCAAUAUUUUAGUAGAAGAUGGCCAGCUGAUUAUCAUAGAUGUCUCACAAUCUGUGGAGCAUGAUCAUCCUCAUGCUUUCGACUUUUUGCGCAAAGAUUGCACUAAUGUAUCAGAAUUUUUCCGUAAAAAGUCGGUGGCCACCAUGACCAUUAAAGAAUUGUUUGAUUUUAUCACCGAUCAAACUAUAACUGAGGAAAAUAUGGAUACUUGUUUGGAAAAGAUUUCAGAACAAAUAAGUGAUCGUGAUUUUGAGGCCAUAACAGCUCAAGAGGAAAUAGAUGAGGCGGUUUGGCAAAAUACUUUCAUACCCAAGCGAUUGGAUGAAGUGCGCUACUUUGAGCGUGAUGUGGACAAGGCUAAAAAGGGUGAAAAGGCCAAUUUGAUUUAUGGAAAGAUAACCGGACUCAAUGAUCAAUUGGAAGUGCAAAAGAAACCUGAUAUACUAAAACAAAAUGAGGAGGAAAGUAAAGAAAAUAAAAAAAAUAUCAAAAAAUCUAAGGAAAUUAAAAAGAAAUCAAGUAAAAGUUUAGAAGAAAAUGAAGAGGAGGAUGAAGAAGAUGUAUCUGAGGAGGAAGAAGAAGAUAGUGACUCAGAUGAGGAUGAUGAAAAUCCCAAAGUUAAGUCAUCUAGUCGCCAUCCUCGUGAUGAAUCGCCCGAAACGAAAAAGGCCCGCAAAAAGGCUGUAAAAGAAGCUAAAGCCGAGAAACGCAAAGUUAAGAUUAAGAAACAUGUUAAAAAACGUAAAGAGAAACUUGGCAGUGCCAAUAAAAAGUAAAUUUUUGUUUGUAUGUAAAUUAGUUUUUGAUUUUUCUUUUUUAAUUUUUAUUUACAAAUUUUAAUUGUAAAUUUUAUGCAUAAUUUUUAUUAUUAAUUGUAGAAUUUUUAGAUGGACUUCCUCUGUAAAGCUAGAAAAUUUAUUUUUAAAUAAAAA